CGCCUCCUUGACCCCGUGCAUGUCAAGGUCAUGGCCUGUCAGUGAUCUGGAGCAGCUGACAAAAUGGCGAGCAGUAGAGCCAUUGUGGCAGUUUGUCACACUCGAAUUUGCCACAGACAUAUAUUAAAGAUACGAAGCCAGCUGCCUUCCUUCUAUAAGAAACUUCCAUGCCGAGCUGCUCCCCAACUGUCGUUUUGGUUUUCUGUUUGACAUCGAUGGAGUGAUAGUUCGAGGGAAAAAGUUAUUACCAUCUGCUAAGGAAGCCUUUCAGCUCCUGACAGAUAAAAAUGGCAACUUUCAGGUACCAGCACUGUUUGUUACUAAUGCUGGUAACUGCCUUCGUUGCCGCAAAGCACGCCAACUUUCUGAAUGGCUUGGUAUCAAUGUCACUCAGGAUCAGGUUGUAAUGUCACACAGUCCCUUGAGGAUGUUCCAGCAGUUCCAUGAUAAGCAUGUGUUGAUUAAUGGCCAAGGACCAAUCCGAGAAAUUGCUCAGAAUCUUGGAUUUACCAAAGUGACUACUGUGGAGGAGUUGUCUGAAUAUUUCCCUUAUCUAGAUGUCAUGGAUCACAAGAGGCGUCGACCACCACCGUGUGCCUUUGAAGAUUUUUUCCCAUGCAUUGAAGCUGUUGUGCUGUUUGGUGAACCUGUGAGGUGGGAGAUGCCUCUACAGAUCCUGCUGGAUGUACUAAUGACCAAUGGCAAGCCUAACUCUCCCCUACCUACUGUGCCGUACCCUCACCUACCAGUGCUUGCUUGCAACAUGGACCUUCUAUGGAUGGCAGAGGCUCCCUCUCCCAGGUUUGGUCAUGGUUGCUUCUUACAUGCACUGGAAGGACUGUAUCAGAAAAUAUCUGGCCGUGAGUUGAAGUAUACAGCACUGAUUGGGAAGCCUAGUGAGAUUACAUAUCAUCAUGCUGACCAUCUGCUACAUCAACAGGCGAAGCAGCUUGGUAUUGAUGGCAUUGAAACUAUAUACUGUAUAGGGGACAACCCAGAGACAGAUAUAUAUGGUGGUAACCUGUACAGUCGCUACUUGAAGAAAAGACAUGCACAUCGUGUGAUGUUGCAAUCCUCUGCUUCAUCUCAGGGAACAAGCAUAAAAACAAAACUGCGGCGAGCUCAGAGUGAUGGAGAGUUCAUUGAUGAAGAGGAGGAGGAAGUGAUAGGGAGUGAAGAGCAUAUACACCAUAUAGACAAAGAUGCGUCAAUAGAAGAGAUGUCACGACAGUUAGUUGUAGAGGAAGAAGAAGACACCAGCGGACAAAAUGGAAUUUAUACUCGGCAGUGUGAAUCUAUACUUGUUUGUACAGGAGUCUUCAGCAAAGAAAUGGACCUAUUUAACCUUAAAAAUCAUCGUAUAUCAAACCACAAUCAUCGAGACUUUGUCAUUGAUCCGGACCUCAAGCAGCCCAGCCACAUAGUGUCCAAUGUGCUAGAAGCAGUGCGUCUGGUGAUGGAACAUGGAGGAGCUAUUACACAAAAUCCAGAGACUUAAUGUCCUCUUAUCAGUGAAGCAAUUUUCCCUGUGAUGUUUACUUUUAUGGACCUUACAGUUUUUAUGUACAGUUAAAAGGAAAAGAACCAGAUUUUAUACCUCUCUGCACCUUGCACUUGAUAUUUAUUUUGAGUGGUUGGCUGUCAACCCCUUUCACUCGGUGUUAAGGAGCAGAAUUGUUCAUGCCUGUUACAACUGUGUUGUUUGUGUUGGUUAUGACAACGAUGUUGAAAUAUAUGGAGUGAGUAGGAGGAGACAGCAAGACACAUCAGCUUUUGUUUUCUGUCGUGGUAUAGUUUUUUUUAGUUCUUCCUCAAUGCAGCCAGGCACAGACCUUCAAAGGUGUGCCUGUAUUUUAUAAAUUCCUUUGUGUCAAGCCAUUACUAUGUUUUACAAUUUUGAUUGAAAAUGAAAUUUUAUCUCUUUAUGACCAUUUUGACUGGCAAGUGUUAAGUGCCACAUAUUUUAUUAGUUGUAUUUAUUGGUACUGGUAUUUAUAGUAAGAAAAACACCUUUAAAAAUUUAAUUUGACUAUUGACGGCUUGAAAGGGUGUUAAAAAUGCUGUUGCAUUGAGGCAUGCUCUGACCAUGUAAUUUAAAAAAAAAACUGCUUGUGAAAAUGCAUAACUCUUUCUUUCUGCUGGAUCAGUGGUCUUUUAAAUCACUUACCAUGAGAAGUAGUCAGCUGUAAAUAUUGCUGUUGUCAUCUUUUGUUUCUCAUUUCAUCAUAAUUUUCUCCAGGGUUGUCUCUGCAUGCAUUGACUGGUCAGUAUCAAAUCUCCUGGGCUGUUUCCCAUUUUAUCAUAUUACCUGGGGCUGCAUGCACUCACUGGUCAGUAUCAGCAGAGAGCAGCUGGGGUCAUGACAUACUUUCCUUCUGAAAUCUCAUCAUCACCUACCACUCAGUGUUAACUAAUAAUACUCUUUGCUUGACCUCCACAGCUAGCAGAGUGUGGUCUGCUACAACAUGAAGAUUGAAACGUGGUGAUCUCAAAAGAAGGGCAGAAAUUAUGUUGUGUAUUCAGGCUGUAUGAUAAACAGUUGUAAAACUGUUGUUAAAAAAAGUUCUAUAAUGCAGACUUGGGUGUUGAUGUAUUUAUAGCAGUCAGGUAAGAUAAAAAUUUGUCAAGUGGUCUUAGUGAUAGCUACCACUUUCAUGACAAUCAGAGGCAGCCUUUGGGGUGGCGACUGGGGCAACUAGCCCAGGCCCUGUGCUUGAAGGGGGACCCCGCGAUAGGAGAUUCUUGUAGUAAGGUACACUUGUGGCUCUCAGCCCUGCAUAUGACACUCGCCCAGGGCCCCACUUACUGCUAAGGCUGCCUCUGAUGACAAUCACCAAUCACUGAAAGAAUAUUGUUAUAAAAGUCAAAUUUUUGAAUAGACAUUCUGAAUUAAAUCAUGUUAUAAAACUCAACUUUUUUAUAGACAUUGUGAAUGUUAUAAAAAAGGCUAUAACUUACAAGCCAGUUAGAUUUUUCUAUAGUUUGAGAUAAGAGUCUUCAUAAGAAUUGAUCCUUUUACCUGACAAGUUGUUCCAUUCACAUGAUUACUGAGCCAUCUCUGUUAUAAUCUCUAUGACCUGGUUUUGUCUUGUGAUAUUGGUUAUUUGAUAUUUUCUAUCCCCUUGCAACUCUUUGUACUUUUUAUCAACUGAAUUGUUAUCCCUUACCAACAGUGCAAGGAACAAAACUCACAUUGUUACACAGACUGGUGGCAAACAGGAGUUGUUUAGAAGCAUUGAAAUGCAUUCAAAUGAGGUUGUUGGGCUUUUUUCUUGGGAAAGUGAUUUCACACUGCUAGGAGAAGGGGAUGUAUGGGAGGUAAUUGAGUAGACAAAGGAAGCUGGUGCCAGCCUGUGAAUCAGUGUCUCAUGGCAAGAUCUGAACCCAUGACUCUCUCUCACACGUAUACACAUAUCAGCUGUUUCAUUUAACAAAUCAUUUAAUUAUACUAUAGCACUGUGCCAUUUUAAGCUUGUUUUUGUAUAUUGAAAGUAAAGAUUUUGAAGAAGACCUUAAAAUUUCAUUUAAUAUUUUCUUGUCUCUAUAAAACUGUUUUUCUUAUUGCUUCUCAACUUCUUACAUCAUUUAUAGAUAGUUGUCAUUAAGUAGGACAGCAAAUCUUCAGAUGAUCUGAAUAUGAUUUUUUUAUGAAAUAUGGCAUAAUUUGUGGAAAGAAAAGCUAGGAAUGCAUGUUGUUAUCUUUUUUCAAACUAUGUAUUUUUGAGAUAUAUACAUUCUGAGAGUAUUAUUCAUGGGAUUAAAACCUCAGUAUGUAAAUACAUGCAACCACUUGUUUAUGUAGGCACAUGCCUGUAGUAUUGUGUAUGUGUGGUUUGUUGCUCUUGAUGCUCAUGACAUUUUCAUGCGUAGAGCAAGAAAGCAGGCUUUUGCUUCUUGAUGAUGAAUGUGUGGUACACAACCCUAAUAUUAAUUAAAUCUUUUGUGUCUAUAAAGCAGUGGAAAAGACAUGCUUUAUUAGAUCUGAAUGUCUGUAUUUAUGUUUACUCUUUGCUUUUAUUUUUCAUGUGUUGUAGAAUAUUUUGUUGUGCAAUGCUUUGCAUAUAGAGCACAAAAGGGCUUUGUUUUGUCUUUGAUCUUAUUGGUGAAUUCCAGUGCAAAUAUGUUUUUCAGAAAAAAAUUUGUUCGUGGGUGUAAAAGCUCUUUGUCAAUUUUUCAAGGAAGGUGGAUAUCUGCUUGCAUUGAUGCAAGGAAGUAUGCAUGCAUGCACACAUUUGUGAGUGUGUGCACAUUUGUAUUGAUGUGUAGGUAUGCAUGUGUGACAGUUUGAGACACUUGACUAUCUUUAACUACUUUUGUUUUUCUGGAAAGUUUUAGGAAAAGUAGCACCAUGAAAGAGUUAACUAAUGCAUCUUUUAAAUAUAUAACUCUCAUGGAUCUUUAACAUGCAGAUAUGACGACUAGCGCUUUGGAUUUUAUACAUCAUUUUUUUUAAUAAAUGGAUACAAUUGUACAUUUCCUUGAAAGAUGCAUAUGAGUGAAAUAUGUUUUGCUGCUGUCAGUUUUUUGUAUUAUAGGUUCAGACAAACCAUGCCAAAAGGUAGGAGUUAUUAACAAUGUUUUUAUUACACUUUAGAUAUUUCUUAUGGAUUUCUUGGUGCAAGUGGCUAUUAAUUAUGGAGUAUGUGAGGCAAAUCUUGAAUAAAGCUGUUUCAGGAUAUCAUC